AUGAAACUAGCUGAUGAUGCUGUUUUCAGAGAUGACAUCUCAUCAGCAGUUCUCUACGCGAUGGACAUCUUUACGGGUAAAGUGAUAAAUAAGUCGAAUCGAGUCGAUUUACGACGUAAGGUUUCGACGUAUUUGCCAACUCUUAUCGAUCGUCUUCUUUCGCUGACGACUGCUGGCCUUGAGAAUGGCAAAGUGAUGCAUCUUGUCGACCAUUAUCGGGUAUUUUUGCCAUUAUUCGCCCAAAAAAAUCUCCUAACUUGA